GCAAGAUCUGAUUUCCUUGCGUUAUUUCGAUCUGCGUCAGUAGGAUCGCUAACGAUCUCCCGCUGUCGUGGGAGCUGCCUCCAUUAAGGCAGACCAGAAUCGGGAGCCUGUCCCGCAGGAUCUCCUAGAACAUUGCUUGAAAACUGCCGCUCUGCAGGACGGAACGAGGAACUCUGGCCCACAAUCGGAAGCCCCCUGGAAUCCCGGAAGCAGAACCUUCAAGAUAAUUUGAAAUGAAACGGACCUUCUCUGUUCCUGGACGCUGGGCCUGGUGCCUCCUGCCUGCAGAUCCCAGAGACAUAACAAUACCUGCCUGCAGACCCACAGACAUGCCGCCAACACCGUCCUCCUAAUCCUGUCCGCAGCCAGCAAGAUGCGAGCUAACCACAAAGGAGGGGUUUAACUGAAAAUGCUAGUGAGCCGCCUGGCUUCUCUCCUCUGCCUCAUCACCACACAGGUCCUAAGCAAGAUCCAUGAUCCACAUAAACUGGAAUGUGUCACCAGGAGGAUUCUCUGUCACCCGAAGGCCAUUUGCCAACUUGACAAGCUGACAUCUGAUUACUAUUGCCGGUGUCUGCCAGGCUACAAGGGGGAUGGAAUAAACAAUUGCCAAGACCCUGGGUUCCGCAUCACCAUUUCCAACGCAUCUGUUUGCGAUGGGUUCGGAGAGCAGGUCUGUCUCCUCAAGGCAAGAGAGAGGAAAGUCACCUUCAACAUCACGGUCUCCAUAUUCGGCAAACGCCACCAACACGAAGUGAGGUGGUACAAAUUCUACUCCGGCCAAAGCCCACAAUUCUACAGUUAUCGGAGAAGAUUGGCGCUUGGGAAGAACAGGCCUCUGAGGAUUGCUGUGCAUGAACGUGGGCAGGCGCUGACACUACUUUCAAUCAAAGAGGAUGAUUUUUACCCAAAUCUUUUCUGGGCAGAAGUGAAACCGAGCACACCACCCACCAAAGCGGCCGUGGUUGAGGCCUAUGACCUGACAGGCUUCCAGCUGUUAAAUCCUUCCAAUCUGAGAUACUAUUUUGCUCUGGAUAGCAUGCCUAUAGAGGUCGGAGAGUUCUUGGAAGGGGACAACGUUGCCAUCCAGUUGCCGAAAUACCUCCGGCUUCCUCCGUCCAGCUUUGUCCGGUGGAUCAAGGAGCCCCGCCCCAUGACGCUGCUGGACAGCCAUGCAGUGGUGUUGGCCAACGGCCUGGAUGAGAUUGAGAUCAGAGGAUUAAUGGACACUGACUUUGGCUAUUUCCGAGCACUUGUCUACGAUUUUAGCCCUGAUGUCCCCGGAAGGGUGUUAAACGCUCAGCGACUCUUCUUAAUAAAUAGGGAUAUCAGCAAAACCUGCCAUGGAGGCCGGGAUGAAGAAAACUGCAAAUGCAAUCCAGGAUUUGAGGGAAAUGGUAUACACUGUGUUGACAUAGACGAGUGCAAGAAGGAGAUGCCCGUGCAUUGCCUGGCUGAAGCAACCUGCAUCAACACAUACGGAUCAUAUUUUUGUCGCUGCCCGAAAGGCUUGGAAGGAGAUGGUGUGCUCAGCUGCAUAGACAUAGACGAAUGCACCAGGGAUUCCCAUGCCUGCAACCAGGACGCGACGUGCCUGAACACCCUGGGAUCCUACUUCUGCGUUUGCCAAAGCGGAUUUAUCGGUGACAGUGUUCAUUGCGAAGCAAAAAGCAACUGGUCCCCAUGGUCUCCGUGGUCCGUCUGUUCCGCCACCUGCGGCCUCCAGAACCAGAUGCGCAUCCGGCAGUGCACUCACCCGGAGAGCGGCAUGCGGUGUGUGGGCCCUUCCGCUGAUCUCAAGCUCUGUCCUAAGACGCAACCCUGCCCAUACAACGGCCAUUGGUCAGAGUGGUCACCCUGGUCCAUGUGUUCGGAGAAGUGUUCUGGGAUCAAGAAAAGGAUUCGAAUCUGCGACAGCCCUGCUCCUUCUGGAGGGGGCCUGCCUUGUGAAGGGGAGAAGGAGGAGCUUGCAAUGUGCAACGACAGCCAGUGUCCAGUUGAUGGAAUGUGGUCUCCCUGGGCAUCCUGGACUCCCUGCCCCGUCACCUGCGGACUAGGAGUCGUGAGCCGAUCUCGACAGUGCAACAACCCUGCCCCACAGCAGGGAGGGAAUAACUGCAGUGGGCAUGGGUAUGAGGAAGGCUCUUGCGGAUUUCCGGAGGCUUACUGCAAAUACCUGCCCAAACCAUCUGAAUCUAUAAUAACAGGGAAACUGAUUCAAUGAGUACCCAAACAUUGGUCAAUGCGGCAGUGGGAAGAAUACCAGCAACCGGCCAAGUAUGGCUUCUCUCAGUUUGUGGGCCAAACUUCAUGGUGUUGUGAAGGACAAUCCAGCCACUUCUUAGUGAGAAUUGGGGCCAGUGCAGACAGAACCAUUCUCAGGUGCCCAGAAGCUAAGGGGGGCGGGGGGAGGAAAGGAAAAGAAUUGUACCAAUGGACAACUUUAGCAAAGAACGGUUUGGGAAGAAAACUUUGGAACCGUAUUAAUUGCACUGAGAAACACCUGGAGUUGAGUAUCUUCUCUGGAAUGAAGCAUCCUGUGAAAUAUCAUGCACAACUAUGUCCACAGUUAAUGGAUUUUGCAUGGGUGCACAAGAGUCUUUGGAAAUGAACACAGAUGUCGUGUUUGCAGAGGGGCCUGUGCACUGUGGUCAUUUGAGGAACCCAGACCACAGUAAAGCAGAUGAUGGGAGGAGUUUCUGGUCCCAGGCAGCAAAGGGCAGAGACUGGUCAAUGAUGAAUGUGAUUAAAGUUCCCCCAGCUUUUA